GUAUACCUACACUUUCUCGGCUAUCUUGAAUCAAUCCUCGAAGCAUGCAAACUCUUGUUUUUACGACUUUGAUACCAAUAUUUCUCUUCAUCUGCAGCUCGGUCGCCACCACGUUCCAAUCUUCCUGCACAUUGCCUCCAAAUGGCACGAAUAUUGUAUAUGGAGGCAACGUUCGAGGCACUUUUGAUAUAUUAUGGGGUUGUUUAUCCACACUUCUCGUUUGCACCUGGACUGUCCAGCAUCUACGUAUUCCCCAGGCGACAUCAAAACGCAAGAGUUUGAGAGGCUAUUGGAGUCACUGGGGCGAAGAAAUUGGGCUGCAGUUCAAGUGGAUGAUCUUGACCCUGUUGAUUCCAGAACUGCUGGCAGGGAAGGAGCUUCAAGAUUUGGUUAUGGCUAGGGAGUCAUGUCGUGCAAUGAAAUCCUUUGCAGACGAAGAUGGUAUUGAGUGGAGUAUCACUCAAGCAUAUUACGCCAAUCUUGGGGGAUACGUUCUUGAGUUCCAAAACGGGGAUCAGCGCGAGGAGCAACGGCAACAGAAUUCAUGUGAGAAAGCCGGCAACCUGGUGAAUAAUGACCCACACCAGAAUGCUGCUACCCACAUCUUUGCCUCCGCGGAACGAAUAUUCAGAACGCAGAACCAAAGAGCACGCGCACUUUCAAACGGUAUCAAGACGCUCUUCGGAGGCCUUCCAAAGGAGAGCAAAGAAGAUCCAUCGACGCAUAAAGAUAAGAGCAAAGGAGAUCUCUUCGUAAAAACCACAGCUUUGGUGCAGGUCGUCUGGCUUGCAACUCAGUCGGCGAUCCGCACGUCUCGACACCUACCAAUCUCUCUCCUUGAGCUCGCCGUCCUCGCAUAUUCAACGAGCGCCUUCUUUACAUACAUCCUCUCUUUCCACAAGCCGCAAGGGAUCAAUGAGCCAACAUAUGUCUCAGUGCCGAUCGUCCUCGACGUGUUGUUGCUAGAGAGAAUUUUUGCUGCUACCAAGGAGUCUAGCGGCUACACAGGCACCCGAGUCUCGUCGCUAUUCAUUGGUGGUCCACCCAACAUAAAUAUUCUAAAGUCCAUACCGAAUGACGCAGAGUAUGCCAUAUUCCCCACCAUCAACGGCUGGAAGUUCCCAUUUUCGUACUAUUUUGUGGGCUUGACAUUUGCUGGUACUCUGUUUGCCAUCAUACACUGUCUUGCCUGGAAUUUUCAUUUCCCGUCAUCAACAGAUCGGCUGUUGUGGAGAGUCUCCUCGGUUUUGACGCUAGCCUGGACCCCUGUCUAUGCCGUUAAUUUUGUUCUUUGUGGGCAUUUAAAGAAGCUUGUGCGUGGAGCACUCCAAUUCGGGCAGAGUGUCGAGAUUAUUUUGCUGCUCGUGGCGUCUUGUCGAGAAUUGGCCACCUUCAUUGGUGCCAGCGACAAGUCUCCGGCCAUGACCGCCCUUCUCCGCCCUACACUUCUGUAUUAUAAUCGUCGCUCGCGGCCUAACAUUCCAAGUUUCCAAGGCAGUCCGAAAAGUGGCCCAGCACGACAGGCGACAGUCGAAGAGGCGCCAACAAUUCGACCAAUCGUUCCAUUCAAAUGGAACUUUGCUGGAUUUCAAUUCGUGGCUACCGUUUCAGCAUUGUCUGGUCGAUUCUCCGACGACGAAAUCGAAGAAACGACUCCAAAAGCCCCGCUGGCUCAAAAGGAAAGCAUCCCUCCCAAUCCGGCCCACGCCAUCCACAGUGCGAUCCAACUAGACCUCGCCCACAGUUGCCAAGACUGCCUUACCCAAUUUGCAACGCAAACGGGGCUCUCAAAUCAUGCGGCUCAGACACAACACAGUCCAUAUCGCUGCACUUGCGGGAAAACGUUUUCGCGUCUCGAUGUGCUCACUCGCCACCUGCAAGGCUACGAACAAGCCCCCAGAUAUGCAUGCCCACAUUGUAGCAAGUACCGCGGUAACAACGCUUUCCGCAGGAUGGACCAUCUCACUCAACACUUGCGAGGAUAUCACAACCAUGAAGUGUCAACAGGAUCAGACGACAGCGAAGACGGGACAACCGAGGCCCAAAGAUCGGCAAGCACAAGGAAACUGCUACCUUGUCCUCACGAAGAAUGUAAAGCCUCUUUCGGCAGUCGAUCCGAGUUCACAAAGCAUAUGCGAGGCGUACAUGACGAGAGCUUGUAUCCAUGUCCAGAGACCGGCUGUUUGCGAGUUGGUGGGAGAGGAUUUUUCAGGAAGAAGGAUUUGUUGAAGCAUCAGGCGGAUCAUACCCCCAACUUAGUUGAGAGGAUGAGUCAGAGCGGGAAUCCCUUCGCCCCACAGCGAAUACUACUCCCAUUCGUGAUAUCCGUAAACACUUCCUACCCACCAGCAUACAACCACGGAUUUAAGAACCCUAAUGGGCUUUUCCUAGCUGUGAUCAAUGCACUAUUUACCUGUGCAAUGACAGCCGCCUUGCUCUAA